AUGGAUAGUUUGUUGUUAUCCUACAUGAUGAUAUCUCUUUUAACUUAUUUCGGUGUUGUUCAUUCAUCAUUCUAUAGGAGUAAUGUGACUUUAAGAUCUCUAUAUUUUACACUCGGAAUAAUCUGGGGAUUCUCAUUAACACUUGCGAUUCCACUGAGUCUCUAUCAAGCAGCCGUCAAUUCUCCCGGUCCGAUCGAAUGUGAUCUUCAUUAUUGUCUGAAAGUUGUCGAAUGGAUCACUUUUUCCUUCGCAUGUAUAUGUUUAUUAUUGAAUGUUCUGCUAACUGGAUUCGUUGUUAUUUCUCUAUACUGGCAUCAUUUCAAAGCCAAAAAAAACGGAAUCGAAGUUCCAGAAGUGACAAGUCGUGCUCGUGUCCGUCUAACAUUCACAUUCUUUGCACUGGUAAUUGUCUGUUUCGUUGAAUUAUUCCCGUUUGGAAUUCUCAUAGGAUUCGAUCAAAGCGGUCUCCAAAAGUGUGAGAGUUUUUAUCAAUCCGAUAAGUUGUUGAUUCAAGUUAUUGUUUCUUCUAUCGAGACUUUUUUGGGCUCAUUGGUAUUCGUGGCAGACCCGCUUAUCAAUAUAUGUUUUGAUAAAAAUAUAUUACAGACUGUGAAAUUGCAGGACAUUUCAAUUUCUCAUUCGAUUCGGUUAUGGAUGGGUUUCUAUAUUCCAUCUGUUAUUUGUUUUCUGGCAAUUUUGGUGGAUAUUUAUUGCCUUGUUAUCACUAUUUUUCUACUCCGAAGCUUGAACCAACAAACACGGAAAAGAUACGUAUUUGUUCUUGUUAGAUUAUCUUCUGCAAUUUUGGUUGCAAUUUGUAUUAUUCUGGUACAAUCUACUAAUGCACUGGAUGCUCCAUUUCAAGAUUCUUAUACUUAUUAUGCUAUAUUCUUUGUCGUUUAUGAUUUCAGUAUAUUCAGUUUAUUGGGAUCGUUCACCGGAGUUGCUGUAAUAACAUAUUUCGGUGUGAUGCGUCCAUUAUUCUACAGAGAUCGAUUGACUCCUAAAGUGAUGUAUUGGGCUGCAGCUGGAAUAUGUAUAGUUUCGGCUUGUAUUUCGAUCCCAAUCGGAUUGUUUCAAGCAGCAGAUUCUGCCGAUGGACCAAUAAGAUGUGAUAGUACGAGCUGUCAAGUAAUUGUCAAAUGGUUACUGUUCAGUAUUUCCUGUGUGAUUCUCAUCGGAGCCACUUCCACAUUAUUAUUCGUCACGAUUUCUCUCUACUGGCAUAAUUACAAAUCGAAGAAAAUGGGGAAUCUGACAUCAUCUGCAUCGGAUCACGGAAGAGCUCGUUUAGCAUGGACAACUGCCGUCUUGAUUAUUCUUUCAUGUGUCGAACUCAUUCCAACUGGAUUAUUGUUGGCUUACGGGAAGUGUGAUAUCCAUAUCUGA